AUGAUUCCCUCAGAAGCUCAAGCUGCACGGAGCAGCCCCAAGCUCCUCCCUCUCAGCCCCCUCAUUGGCUGUUUAGAGGUUCCCUGCAGAAACAACAGAGGCUGCCUGGAGGCCUGGAAGCCGCCUACCCCAGGCCGCAGAGGCUGUCGGGAGGCUGGGCCAUACUGCCCGGAGGCGGAAAGGAGCCAUCUGAGGCCAAGGAACUUGUCGCUCAGCGCGAAACGAAGACGCCGGAGCACCGGCAGUCAGGACCCCAGUGACUCUUUGCUCCGAAGUUUUGAGGAGAUGAAUUGGGUCGGGGGUUCCCGGACCAGGGUUCUGAUCAAGCAGGAAAGGAGAAAGCAGAAGGAAUAUUUUGAAAAGAAAAGGUUAAAGUCAAAAAUGAAAUUAUUGGGAGUUUUAUCCCCUGUCAAAAAUUCUACUGUCAGUUUAGACCUCCUUAACCUGUAUAUGGUAAAUCAGAUAUCUUGCCAGAAGAAAACAUCUGAAACUGUGAGGAAACCAAUGCACGUGAAUAUGAAUAAAGACAUAAAAAUGCCCCUAAGAAAGCAUGAUAUAGAACUUCCAAUGUCACCUAACUGUGUACCAUCUAAACUCUGCAUUGAUGAUAUAGAAAACAAUAUAUACUAUCAAAGACUAGACACCAAGGAAGAACUUGAUCCAGUUCAGUUACCACAAGUCAUGGGCUCAUAUAGAAUGUUUUAACCUCAGUUCAACAGAACAGAAAACUGCAUUUUCACUCUACUAUCUUUUUCAGCAGAAGUAUCUUCCAGUGGAAAUACUACAAAACAAAAUUUCAUUCCCAGAAUAGUACCUAGUCUUCAGAAAGUUGCAUAUAAAAAUAGGCAGGAUAACUCUUCCUUUCUUUUUCAGCUCAGUAAUGUUAAUUAUUCUCAUUCCUUGGUUUCUAAAUUAAAUGAAAAUCAAGAUACUUUCAAUCCAUCAUAUGAAACAGCACAAUCUGGACCAUUAUUUGAAAGAUUAAACAGUCCAGGAAAUAGAAACUUCCUUACAAGGACACCUACUGUAGUUGUAGGUGAAGAUUGUGGAAGCAUGGAUGAGAGAAGACAGUCACACUUCAUUACUGAAAAUAACUCACUACAACAUAUUUGGAAAGAAAAUAGAAAAAAGUUUUCAAAUGAAGAUAUGAACCAGCAAACCUCCAGCCUUCUAUCAGAUAAUUAUGACUCUUUUGUUAGUGAAAAUAUGAUCAAUUUAUUAAACGUAGACCAACAGAAGAUAAAGGAAACCUUUGACAAGUAUGAUUAUGAUAAUACAUGUGCAGUCAUUGAUUCUGAUAAAAACCAUUUCACUGAUAGCCACAUUAAAAGUAUUUUUACAGAUCCAGAGUUGGGUUUUAGUAAAUCUACUUUUAAAAUAUCAAGUUGUUCAGAAAAGUAUCAGCCAAACAAGAUUUGCCAGAAAGAGUACAAGAAUAAUGAAAAAAAUAAUUUUAGUACAUCUUUUGAGAAAGAUUUUUAUUCAGCCAGCUCUAAUAAAAAAGGAAAAUUUGAAAGUGAUUACCAAGAGAAGAUAUACCAGGAGAAAAUACAGAAAUAUUCAGUGAAUCAUAUGGGUAAUAGCCCUUUGGAAGAAUUGCAUUCUGAGCAAACAUGGGACUUUGGAGUUGGUGAGAUUCUGAUAGAAGAAGGAGGAAUGUGUUCUUUCAAAGAUGGGACAACAUCUACUAGGAAAACUUAUCUUGAUUCUUCACAGAGUAGUCAGUCUUCCAGUUACUCUCCAAGGCCAACAGAUAGUAGUUGUUUCAGUUCUAGUUCAGAGAUGCCAUCAGAAGAUGAAGAUCAAACUGAAGAUUCAAAUAGGAGAUCCAUCAAAACCAAAGAAACAACUAAUAAUUUUUAUUUAGAAAACAUGGAAAAAUAUCCUUGUGAUAAGGUUAUUAAUAACAGUGCCAAAUUUCAUAAAAAAAAUGAGAAUUUUAACCAGUUCUCAGUGAAUAAUAAUAUACAUCAGUUCCCAGAGUCUCAGUGUAAUUCAGCACACAUAUUGGAGAGCAAAACCAGUAAUAACUGCAUUCUACAGGUUGCAAGGUGCGAUGCAUGGGUACAAACAGAGAGUGAACUUACAAUGGAGGAAAAAUUAGAUGCUGCCAUACAAUGUGAUAUAAUUUCAAAAUGUAAAUGUAGAAAUGAGGUGUCUUCUUUUUGUAAUGUUGAAAGGUACAAUGAAAAUGUUAAGGCAGAUACCACUGGAGGGCAGGAAAUCCUUAGAAACAACUAA